CCUGGGAGAGGCACCUCUGCGGUGACUACUUGCUGCAGCCCUGACCGCAUCACCUCCGUCUGCUGCCUUGCACCUCACCGUCCGGCCCGCAUCUACUCCGCUCUCUCUGCUCCUGAGCCCCGGGAAAAACUCUGCUCACUCCUUAAAACCCAGCUUGAAGACCUGUUCCUCCACUCAUCCCUGUCUUCCUCAGACAAGCCAGCUAGUUCUUGACUCUGGGCCUUUGCCCCUACUGACCCCUCUUCCUGGACAGUCUCCCUCCAGAUCUUCCGGCCUCCGCUCCCUCCUCCUCCUGCUGGUGGCAGCUCCAAGGUCACCUCCCCUGGAGGUCCUCCCUGAGCACCCUAUCAAACCGCCUGCCCAUCUUCAGCCUCUCUCACAUCUCCCUGCUUUAUUUUUUCAUAGCCCUUUUCACACUCGGAAUUUAUGAGUCCUCCGUUGAUUGGUGUUUCCAGGGCCACUGCGAAUGGUUGUGUGCGCUCUAUGUUGCAAAGGAGGUGAGUGGGGCUGGAACCCAGGCUGUGAUGGACACUCGGCGCUGCUGUUCGAGGGCUGCACCUGCCUACACUGUCACCAUGUACGUGAGCUGGGACCCCACCGGCCUCCCGCCGUGACAUGCAAGGCCCCCCCGAGGCAGGAGCAGGGUCUGCCCUCUCCAUUGCGGGGUGCCCAGCGCCCAGCACGGUGCCUGACACAUAGAUGCUCCCAACAUUUCUCAAGCAAGCGAAUUCUAUCCGGGUUCCCUCACUCCCACCCAAUUCCCACACUCCUCAAAUGGAUGUAUGACUGCAUGUAACCGAUCUCUGGGUCCCACGGGGGUGGGGGGGUGUCCAGUCAGGGAACCGGACCCAGAGUCAGCGACGGUGACUGUUCAGGGAAUGCGGUGGGAGGAUCCAGGGGCUUGAGGGGUGGACGUGUGAGUGGAGGCGUCCAGCAGAUGCUCUCUGGAGCUCAGAGCCCCGUCCGUCGCAGGGGUGCUGUCCCGGGCCCCCCAGUCCUACCUGGCUCCCUGGAGGUGCUUAUGGAGGGUUGAGGUGGCCCAGGCACUCUGACCACGGUCCCGACGCCCAGUGCUCCUCGGAGCCAGCUGGGCAGGCGGUGGCAUCUCAGGGUCCCACGGAGCUGGGGCCGGACCUGAGGCGCCGCCCUUCCCUCCGCUCCCUGCAGCCGCUGCCAGCCCCGCCGGCCUUCCCAGCUCCGGCAGGGAAGGAGUUAAGCUCCAGGCUUCGCAGCGUGAAUGUAGAGCUAUUAAUACCCACAGCCAAGCGGUCUGCCAGAGCAGCCACCGGAGUCCAGGGAUCAGGCAGCCCGGGGAGCAGGCGGCCGGGGGAGCAAGCUCGGCCAAGCCAGAGCCAGGACUCCGAGGGCCCGAACUUUUCUUGAGGGACGGCGUGGGCACGGUGCCAGCUUCACCCACCUUUGAGCUUCAGGUCCUGACCCUCUCUCCUGGAGGCCACCCACGCCAGCCACCCCAGGAGGGCAGAACAAACUUUCUUAGGGGAAACCACCUCGGCCGCCCGCCGUGCUGGCCGGACAGGGAGAAGCAGACGUCCAGACGGACAGAUGAGCGGAUGGACAGCGCAUCUGCGAGCCUGCCCUCCCAGUCCCCACUCUGACUGGCCGCCGCAGAGUGGGCAGCCAGGGGGCCUAGGUCUCCGCCAGGGGCAGCCAGGGGCCCUGCUGGACCUUGGUCUACCAGCCAGCGACCUCUGAGGGUGGGCGGCUCCCUGGAAGCCGCUUCCCAGGACCCAGCCCCGUGGGCCAGGACAGGAGUCCCCAUCAGACAGAGCCACAGGCUCUUCUCCCCGCCGAGGCCACGGGGAACCUGAGUGAAAAGGCAGAGGCGGCAGGUGGGCAGGCGCGGGGCCCCGAGGCCAACCGGCUGCUGACCCUGGAGCGCUCUGGCUCGGACACCCCUGCCCAGGCCAGGGACGAUGCGGCCGAGGCCCCCAGCAGCCACCCCUGCCCCGUCCUGGAACUCCCUCCAGCCUGGCCUCUGGGCUGUGGAGCAGAAGAUGGGCCAGCCUUCUGCUUCGUGUGCUUCCACAGAGAGGAGGAGGAGGAGAUGCUGAAAGAGGUCCCACCGCAGAGGGAGAAGAUGAGCGUGGGCUGCCCAGAGCCCGAGCCACCCCACUCCCUGCCCUGCUGUGGGCCGGGGACUGCCCCUGGGCUGGGUGCAGGGGUGCCCCUCCUCACUGAAGACAUGCAGGCGCUGACGCUCCGCACCCUGGCCGCCAAUGAUGUCACCAAGCACUACGAACUCGUCCGGGAGCUAGGCAAGGGCACCUAUGGGAAGGUCGACCUCGUGGCCUACAAGGGCACAGGCACGAAAAUGGCGCUGAAGUUUGUGAACAAGAGCAAGACCAAGCUGAAGAACUUCCUGCGGGAGGUGAGCAUCACCAACAGCCUCUCCUCCAGCCCCUUCAUCAUCAAGGUCUUUGACGUGGUUUUUGAGACGGAGGACUGCUACGUGUUCGCCCAAGAGUAUGCGCCUGCAGGGGACCUGUUCGACAUCAUUCCCCCUCAGGUGGGGCUCCCCGAGGACACGGUGAAGCGCUGCGUGCAGCAGCUGGGCCUGGCGCUGGACUUCAUGCACGGGCGGCAGCUGGUGCACCGCGACAUCAAGCCCGAGAACGUGCUGCUGUUCGACCGCGAGUGCCGCCGCGUGAAGCUGGCCGACUUCGGCAUGACGCGCCGCGUGGGCUGCCGCGUGAAGCGGGUCAGCGGCACCAUCCCGUACACGGCGCCCGAGGUGUGCCAGGCGGGCCGCGCCGACGGCUUCGCGGUGGACACGGGCGUGGACGUGUGGGCCUUCGGCGUGCUCAUCUUCUGCGUGCUCACCGGCAACUUCCCGUGGGAGGCGGCGUCGGGCGCGGACGCCUUCUUCGAGGAGUUCGUGCGCUGGCAGCGGGGCCGCCUGCCGGGGCUGCCGUCGCAGUGGCGUCGCUUCACCGAGCCCGCACUGCGCAUGUUCCAGCGCCUGCUCGCCCUGGAGCCCGAGCGCCGCGGGCCGGCCAAGGAGGUCUUCCGCUUCCUCAAGCACGAGCUCACGUCCGAGCUGCGGCGCCGGGAAUCUGGCCAGGAGGCACUGCAGGUGGGUUCAGGCCCCGAGGCAGCAAAACCGGAACCCAACCUCACCCAGUGUUCCCUCGUGACCCCUGCCCUCGCUGUGGAGGCCCGGGACCCCGCAAUAACCUCGACAUGGUUUACAAACAGCGUGCGGUUUGCCCCAGGGCCUGGCCCCGCCCCCCUCAGUGUGCCCGCCCCUCCCGAGCCCUCCUCUGCCCUGGGCCCUGGGGCCCUCCACGCGCCAGCACGGAAGUUCCGAAAGAACAGUCAGUGUUUGGCAAACUGCUAUCCCCUCAACACCCCCAAUGCCUAG